AUAUAAUCAUGGAAUAUGUAGCUCUUCUGCUUAAGUCUCACUAAUAUUCAUCUCUGAAACACAUGGCCUUGACGAUCUUUUUAUCUUUGCUUCUUUUCUUGUUUCCCGUUUUAGCUCUUUCUUCUGUAGAAUUCAUCUUUAAUGGAUUCAAUGAAACCCAGCUCAGAAAUUCAGGAGGUCUAGACCUGGAGGAGGCUACUGUUUAUAAACCCAACGGUGCACUCAGACUCACUAACACAUCCCAGAAUGUUAUAGGCCAUGCAUUUUAUUCCCAACCAAUACAACCCAAAAAUUCUUCUUUCAGUACACAUUUUGUUUUUGCAAUUGUUACUCAAACUCUAGGCCAAGGAGGCUAUGGUCUUGCCUUCACAAUUGCUCCUUCAACAAAGCUUCCAGGGGCUGAGCCUGAACAUUACUUGGGGCUUUUCAACCGAUCGAAUGAUGGCAAUUCCACAAACCAUAUAUUUGCAGUGGAGUUUGACACGGUUAAUGGUCAUAAUGAGAACACAGACUCUAAAGGAAACCAUGUUGGAAUCAACAUCAAUAGCAUGCGUUCGGUAUAUGUAGAGCCAGCCGCUUAUUAUGACCCAACAAAGGAAGAGAUUACCCUGGAGAGUGGUAGUGCUAUCCAAGCUUGGAUAGAGUAUGAUGCUGUGACUCAACUUGUGAACGUAACGAUAUGCCCUAUGUGGAGAAAGAAGCCCCCUAAACCUCUCAUAUCUCAUCCCUUAGAUAAUAUUUCAACUGUUUUCACUGAAAACAUGUAUGUUGGUUUCUCAGCAUCCACGGGAGAAAAAAAAAGCUCUCAUUACAUCUUAGGAUGGAGUUUUUCCAUGAAUGGAGUAGCUACUCCUCUCAAUCUUUCACUGCUUCCAGAGCCACCAGCAGUUGAGAAGAGAUCAUCAUCUAGUUUCAAACUCCACUUCAAGAUUCUUAUUGCUGUGUUAUCCGCGGUUCUUGUUCUAUUUUUGGGACUAUUACUUUGUUUCAAACUAUAUAGAAGGAUAACACAGUUUGAGAUUCUUGAAGAUUGGGAGUUGGAUUGUCCUCACAGGUUCAGAUACAGAGAUCUUCACAUCGCAACAAAGGGUUUCAAAGAGACUGAACUGUUAGGAGUCGGUGGUUUUGGUGCAGUUUAUAAAGGUGUGUUACCUUCAACUGGAAGCCAAGUUGCUGUAAAGAAGAUUUCACCCAAUUCAAUCCAAGGAAUCAGAGAAUUCGCAGCGGAAAUCGAAUGCCUGGGACGAUUGAGGCAUAAACAUUUGGUCAAUCUACGAGGAUGGUGCAAGCGAAAGAAUGAUCUUUUACUAGUCUACGAUUACAUUCCAAAUGGAAGCCUUGACUUUCUCCUCUUCGAUUCCAAAAACAAUAUUGUAUUGAGCUGGGAACACAGAGUCAACAUCAUCAAAGGCGUAGCCUCCGGGCUAUUAUACUUACACGAAGAAUGGGAACAAGUAGUAAUCCACCGGGACGUGAAGUCCAGCAAUGUGCUAAUCGAUGUUGACAUGAACGCAAGGUUAGGAGACUUCGGCCUCGCCAGGCUUUACGAUCACGGUCAACUGUCGCACACAACAAAUGUUGUUGGCACCGUCGGCUACAUUGCGCUCGAACUAGCUCGAACCGGCAAGGCCUCAACAAGAACAGAUGUUUAUGCAUAUGGGGUUUUACUUCUCGAAGUUGCUACAGGAAAAAGGCCACUUGAAUCAGAUAAUUUCAUACUGGUAGAUUGGGUACUGGAGUUUCAACAAUUAGGUCAAAUUCUUGAUGUCGUUGAUCCAAAGUUGGGUUCAGAUUACGCAGUUGAAGAGAUGGAGUUGAUGUUGGGACUGGGGCUACUUUGCUGCCAUCACAUUCCUGAAGCUAGGCCUACAAUGAGACAAGUUUUGCGGUAUCUAAACGGCGAUGACUUGCUUCCUUUAAUUAACUGGAGUUCUGUUAAUUCUCAACGUUCUGAAAUGAGCUCAGGAUUCCUGGAAAUUAACUCUAAAGAUUAUUCACAUAUUUCAUCCUCCAUGGGUGUCAUCUCUGCAACUUCUUUAGAUGCAGCUGGCAGAUGA